GCUGCUUCGUUGUCUUCGGUGCCUCGGUUUGCGUUCUUUUUUCAACACACUCCGUACUUACAGGAAAUAGUCCUUGGUUCUACUUAUGGCUUCAGCUUUGAUUCAAAGCCGCAAAAACCCCAUGCUUCUGUUACAAAGACAGCGGGUUUAUUGAGGAUGAAGCUCGUAUAUUUAUAUUAAUCUCCUUUGAUCCCGUUGUCCCGCGGGUCUCCCGCAAGUGACUCGAUCGAACGGUUGGUCGCGAAUGUAGUGUAAUGAGUCACGAGCGGAUGUCAAUAAAAUGUGGCCAAGAGAGAGGCGAACACGCACUUUAUGCCAACAUCCUCCUGCACUUGGACCGUAUAGAAUUUAACUUGAAGAUACUGUUGCUCUCAUGUGUAAGACUGCUGACCACUACCUCCAGCUCUGCCAAUGAAAAUCUUCGAUAUCCAUUGAAGAUGAUAGUUCUGUUGAAAUAUUCAAGAAUUUUCAAAGAUUAUAGUGUAUUUAAAGAAUGUUAUAGACUUAAUAUCCAAAUAAGUUGGCAAUGGCUGAUGAUGGCGAAGGGCCAAGUAAUUGGCGAUCACGCUUACGCCAUGUGAAAACAUCAUGGAACAAUGACAAUGAAUUGCAGAAUGGAGAACAGUCAGAGGAAAAAGAAAAUCUGGAACAAAACUCUUACACAGGAAAUGUAGCACAUGGUAACGCAAUCAACUUGGUCAGUGAUGGUCCAACUUCCUUUGUGGCAGAUGUAAGACCCUUAUCAAGUGAUGUUAAUGUCAGUGAUGAAAGUAGAGCACGUGGUCACAUAAUCUACUCAGUCAGUGACGGUAUUGCAACUUCCUCUCUAACAUAUGCAAGACUAUUACCAGGUGACAGUCACGUCAGUGAUAAAAAUGAAGCACAUGGUCACACAAUCUACUCAGUCAGUGAUGGUCACAAGACACCAAUCAUAGGCGACAAUCAUGCAAUACUUGAUGUGGAUGAAGGUCACGCUGUGGUUACUAUAGGUGACAGGCACCCAGUACAGACAGGGGCUGGUAGUUAUACCACCAGUCCUGAGAGUUCCACACAUGAAACUAAAACUACAUCACCGUUGAAAGAGAAAAUUGCUGGGGAUAAUGUGGACAGUGCAGAUGGGUAUUGUGAUGUGCAUGGAUAUAGUCUUUCGUGCUCAGAUGUACCAACUAUAGAUAAAGAUAACAUCUCUAAAGAUCCAUUACAAAGUCAUAUGGUGACUGAUACUGCUGAAAAGAGUAGAUUGAUGCCGUCUGGGCUUAAUCUUGUAACGGAAAGAGAGACUUCUUUUCAUCAUGAUUUUGAAGUCAAUGACGAUUUCCUUCCUGGUAGCCAGAAACCAUUUAAUGUGCAAGACAAAAUCAAUAAUGAAAACAACAUCCCUGACACAAUCUCUAGACAAAACCUUGGUGGUUUAAACACUCCUACUUAUGUCUUAGAUGGUGGUAAAAACAUUUCUGAGAAUGACUUUAGUAGAAAUCAUAUCCCUUUUACUGGAAAUGUGUUGGAUUGUUGUGAAGUCUCCAAUUCCAGGCAAGGCCUUGGUGGUUUAGACAAUGUUACUCAGCACAUCUUAAAUGGUGACCAGAACACCAUUCCUGGAAACGAAUUGGAUGGUGGUCAUAUCCCUCUUCCUGGUAAUGUCUCGGAUAGUUGUGAAAACUCUGUUUCCAAAAAAGGCCCGGAAAGUGGCACCUCCACUCUAACUGGACAUGACUUGCCUGGAAUUUCUGUCUCUGAUCAGAACUCAUUUGCAGAAUUUGACCUUACACCUGUCAAGGAACAGACCCAGGACACACAGCUAAACGCAUUGACUCACUUAGUAGUCGUGGAUGUAGAGACCAUACCACAACUUACAAAUAGCAAGUCAGGAGAUCAUAAUAGGGAGCAGGGUAUUGGUCAAAGAAAACCAAUUGCAUUUACUGUCUCUAUGGACCAGAGAGAGGAAAACUUGGUAGAUGUUGGGGAGCUUAAUUUGGAACAAGAAAGAGACGGUAGGGCUGUCACACAUGGGUUAAAAAACGUCACCAAAUUUCCAUCAGGAAUGCAUAACAGAGUUCAUGCUGGUAACAAGCCUACUGCAUUUACUGUUGGAUUAGAGGCAAAUGAUGAGGCUAGUUUUACUGAAAAAUUGGACGAGACCCCACUUGAGAAUGAAAGACCUGAUGUAAAGGCGUUGAGAUCCAUGUUUGAUUCCAAGACGGCAUACGGCAAUAAUAAAAGAAAUGUCAAUCGUGAACACUAUAGAGGAGAAAAAAAGAGAUCUAUGUUUGAAAUCAUGGCAGAUUGUGGAUUCGAUGUAGGAAAUACGACUGAUACGACCAGUAUCAAGAAACUCGGUUCUCAGUCGUCUUUGCCUAGUGACCUAGCGCCUAUUAGUGCAAAGCCGGUUUCAUUCGAUGUUAUUCUUGAAAGUCCAACAACUAAGAAAUUCCCGAAAGCACGCCCUAAAGCAUUCCAAUCGCAAUCUAAAAACAGCAAUCAAGACAAAACUGUUGACAUUCCAACCAAAGGAUCAUUGAAAGAUCAGCUUAAAAAAGAAAAAGAUGUUAGAUGUAAUGAAUCAUAUGACCAACAAGCUGGUAUCAGCUUAUCAGAGAGCGGGGGAACGAGCGCUAUGAAAAGUGAACAGUCUUACGCGUUUGAAGUAAGUUUUGACGAGCCUGAUGUAAUAACUAAUAUGAAAACAAAGGUAAAAUCUAAGGACACUGUAAGAAAAGAUCUGUUGGAUUUGAGCUCUGAUCUUAGUGCAGACCUUCCGCAAAAAUCUUACGCAUUUCAAGCUGAUGUUUGUCAGCCAGCAAAGGCUGUUGGACAAGUAUCACACGGAAAUGUCGCGACGGAAGAAACUGAGCCAUCUUAUGUAAGUAGAUCUCCGCUAGAGGAAAAAGGUUGCGUGACAUCUGAUGUACCGCGCGACAAUGUCACGAGGAAUCCUCAGGGCCGCGUGAAAGAGAUCUUGCGUGACAAGAAAAAUAUCGCGUCAGGUAUCGAACCCUUGUCUCCAGACCAAUCAGAGUCAAGUAUAGACAAAUCUUUGCAAUCAGCACACGGUAUUUCGUUUGAUGUUUCCUUUGAUGAUGUGUCGCCUGGGAAAACUACUCGUAAGCCAAAACUCGCUCCUAAGAAUAUUAGACUCAGGAAAAGCAAACGAACCAUCGAUUCACCUGGGGUUCCAUCUAUGAACGCUGCCGGUCAAGAAACGAGCCAUAAAGCUAAAAAUGGUAAGACCUCGGUGGAACUUGUUGAUUCAGUUCAAGCAGAAACUACGUUGAAAGAUCCAACAUUUUCUGCCCGCCCAGAAGCUGCAGGAAAUGUUGUUCUCUUUGAAACAAAUCGACGUGAAGCUGGAAAUGAUGUAUCCUUGGAAGCAAAUCGACGUGGAGCUGGAAAUGAUGUACCCUUGGAAGCAAAUCGACGUGGAACUUACAGUCUCGAUGAUGUGUCUAAGUCUCUGUGUGACGCAAGCGAGUUUGGUCUAACUUUAGAACAAGCUCUUGAAAACCUUGCGAACAAACAAGAGGCUAGUGAUUCCGCCAGUCCGCCCACAGCCAAACGAGGAACUUAUUCCUUGGACGAUGUUUCUAACUGUUUGGUGUCUGCUGCCAAUGAGGGGCUCAGUGUUGCUGAAGCAUUGGACAAGCUAGCGACAUCCGAGCAGUUACAAAGGAAUUGUACCGAAAGUGUUACGAGCAAGCAAGCCACACCCAGCCCUGAUCGACGUGGGACGUAUGAUUUAUCUGAUGUUUCCAAGUCACUGGAUUCCUGUGUGGGUAUCGAAACCAAAGCUGCUGUUAACCAGACAACGCCUGAGAGUGACAUAUCUGGUCGACGUGGGACGUAUGAUUUAUCUGACGUUUCAAAGUCGCUUGAUGCUAGUGAGGCGAGCGGAAUUCUUCCGGAAAACGCUCUCCAGCAGCUGUUGGAUGAAUGUGAAUCCGAGCUACAGCCAGCGAGGGAAGUUAGUGUAGCGCAUCGAGAUAAGAGGGGAAAUAGGAACCAGGUUUCUUGUUGGAAAAAUGAUCAUGAGGCCUCGACAAUUAUGACGAAACGGGGUACCUAUAACCUGGAAGAUCUUGAUAUAAACCUUAUCCAGGAAGGAGAAGUUAGUUUAGACUCGGAUUCCGGUCAUGAAAGCUCUAGCGAUUCAAACUUGGUUAGACCAAAGAGAGGGACUUUUGACUUAGAGGAGGUAUCGGAUACUUUAACAAGUGCGUCGAAGGGAGGAACCUCUGUCGAGGAAGCGUUAGAGAAAUUAUCGAAGAGUGAAAAGUCUAUGAGCCCUCGUCAAUUGAGACGAAUAAGGCGACAGGCAAAAUGGGGGGCCAACUCACAACAAGGCCCGUUAGAUGACUCCUUGGACUCUUCGUCGUAUUCUUUGGGAGUCGCAGGAUCGAGAGGGACUUACACUUUGGACCAAGUAGCGCAAUCUCUGGAGCUCGCCAAAAGCAAAGGGAUCCCAGUCAUCGAAGCUCUGAAUGACAUCGCGACCAGGACGCCAGCUAACGCGGAAUCCAUUAGUUUGCAGGGUGCUGGUAGUCGCAAUACAUACACCUUGGACCAAGUCGCUGCCACGCUAGAGUCUGCUAAGGAGAAAGGUCUUCCCGUUAUAACAGCACUAGAGAAUUUAGUACAAGAAGGGCAGUCCGACAAGGCCGUGUUUCGGGACCCUGCGGAAGUCGCGGUGCACAGGCGUCAGGGUAAAUUGGUGAACAGAAAGACCUACGCCCUUGCCAAACCUCUAGAAACCAUCGGUGAGGACCAUCAACUUCGCCUAUUCGAUGGCACUUUGAGAAAGCUUAUUCCUUUGAAUAAAGAUACCACAGGUAUUCCAAACCCAACUAGACUAUCCAGUGAUGAGAUAUCGGAGAAGAAGCAGCCAUCUGUUGUUCAGACGCUCGACUUGUUAACAUCGGCAUGUGAGCUCUUGUUAAAAAGCAAUAACAAGCCACCCGAUCGCAGUCGAGAAGAGAUUGAUGUUGAUGUGGCAGAGACAACGCCUGCAGUCCUUCCACAUGAACCCCCUAAAAGAGGCACAUAUUCUUUAGAUGAAGUCUCCACGUCACUGGAAGGAGCCGUGGCCAUGGGAAUACCAGUCGUCGAUGCUCUAGACAACAUCGCGUCUGUUCCGCUUAAGAAAAGAAAUCGUGCCGAAAGAAAGUUGAAAUCCAAAAACUCUAAAUCCGAACCUGAUCUAACUGGCAUCCCGAUGAUUGACUCGAGCAAAGAGACGCACUCAUUGUAUGACGUCACAGCAGGGCGUGGUCAGGAAACAGAGCGGAUCCCUGUGGUUAUCGCUCUUGAUGAGUUGACAGACUCCUUAUCAAAGUUCUCAGGAUCCGUUCGAACGACUGAUCAGCAAAGAACACUUGAUCAAAGUCAGACCGCCCAUCACACACCCUCUGUUCGCAGAGGAUCUGGUGAUCAGACUGAUACGAAACCCAGGUCCUCACCAGGGGCCUACCCACCGACCAUGCGCAAUAGCUAUUCCUUGGAUGACGUUGUGUCCGCUUUAGAGAAAUCCUAUGAAACGGGUGUCCAAUUUAAGGAUUAUCUUCCGUCUAUGGAAUCUGAUGAUAGUCUUCUACAAGGGUCUUCCGUGACCAGCGUGGAUUCUGCCCACACUAUGGAGGAAUUCCGAGAAUCCACGUCACCUUUUCCAAGAACUAGCUCACCCAUGGCGGGUCGAGCUUUUUCCCCCUUAUCUGUUUCACGGAUUUCGUCCAGUUACGCAUCUGCUGAUAACUCUAACGAUGAUCUCUCCUCGACAGAGCAAAGUUUGCAGAUCUCAAAGGGCUCGUUUUACGCAAGUCCCGGUGUGGAUCUUUCAGCGAAGGAGAGCGACUCGCCAAAUCAAUUGUGUAAAUCAAGUGGGCCAUUUAGACUGAAUAGAGCGCGUAGAAAAAGGCUUCCCAAGAAGCAUAACGCUUCUGAGGGAUUUGACAUGGGGUCUGCCUCGUCAAGUGAAAGUAUCAGCGAACCUGGAUGUGACGAAAGCUGUUCAAAGCGCGGGACUUACGACUUGAAGGAAGUCAGCGCAAAGCUGGAUCCCUCAACAAGUCAAGGCAAAGUGCCAGUAGAAGCUCUUGAAGAGCUUACAUGUCAAGAUAAGAAGAGAGGGACGUACAGUUUAGAGGACGUCAGCGAGAAACUGGAUGAAGUGCUAGCAAUCUCACCGCGACCUGAAAAAAGAGGGACUUAUGGAUUAGAGGACGUGAGUAAAAAGCUUGAUGAAUCGGGACAGAGCACUAAGGUACUGGACGAUAUAUCAAGAGCUUUCUCCAAUCCGGAUAUCUCGACAUAUAGGGACUCCAGCAAGGUCUCCCCGUCUUCUAAGAAACGUGGAACUUACAGUCUUGAAGAUGUCAGUGAAAAACUCAACGAGAGUUUACGGGACCAUGAGGUAGCCCAAGUGUUGGAUGAGCUGUCGAGAGCUGUUUCAACCCCUAAUAUCUCCACAUUCUGCAAAACGACAGGGGAGGAAUUAAACCCGGGAAGGCGUGGGAAAUAUAGUGUUGAGGAUGUCAAUGGAAGAGGUGAUCAUCUGCUCUCUGAUCAAGGCAUCGUCGAAGGGAGUAAACCCGGGAAUAGAGGGACAUAUAGUUUAGAUGAUAUCGGUAAAGUACUUGAUGAAUCUCUUUCUAAAGAGGUACCGAUUGUAGACCCACUUCGCACUGCAAGUCAUAAAGAUGCUCUAGAUUCGAGUAAGCUAUCGUUAGAAGAUGUCCACUUAGAUAGUGGCGAUGAUGGUAGAAUGGAUGUGGCACUGAAAGGUACGAGAAACUCUGCAAUCGUAGAUGGAGAUGGGAUAGUAGGAGUAGAUAAAGAAACCAAAUCCUCCAAUAAGUUACCGAUAUUCCAGCCUAGCAGUAGGGCUACCGAGCUGUUCCAGUCAGAAUCCAAUCUUCGGAAAACUAGUGACUCUGAAAGCGUGACUAGCGAAUUGGCGGCAAAACACAAAUUUGCGAAUUUAACGUUAUGUGGAACCAAUGAUAGCGUGACGUCAGUUGUUCCCCGUGACAGUGGCACGCCCGAAAUUGCGUGUGAAACCACGACUCGAUAUCCUUUGAGUGAUACUGGUGCGCUUGGCGUGACAUCUGAGGCUGGAAGUGUUACUUUAUCAGAGGGUACAGGCAAUAGGGUGACAGGUGAAAAUGUGACCCUUGAUAGUGUGAUUCCUGAGAGCGUGACGCGUGACAGCGUGGUCUCGCGGGGCGUGAAGUGUGGAAAGACGCGCUCUGCAUGGCGGCCAAGUGAUCAGAUUCUUAAUCUAGUAGACUCCGCCGAAGACAGUGGAAUGUCGGUAGCGGAAGUUCUAGAGCAGGCUGCCCAGCUUGCAGAGAUGCAAGGGCUUGGGACUGCAGAAGGAGGGGGCAGGUUUGGAGGUGAGAUUGAGGAGACGGCCUCUGACGAAGAGCAGGAUGAAGAGAAAGUGAACUCCAAACAAUUGUCUUUGCUCAAAAUGCAAUUCGAAGAAAAGCGAAGACACAUCGAGACUGAGAAAAGACGGAAUCAGGAACAGUGGGAAGAGGAGCGCCGGAAACUGGGCCAGACUGCCUUUUGGUAUAUGAUUGGUCGAACUAAAGGAGAAGAAGUGGCUACUGGGAGUGGUGAGAACCAAGUUACUCAAGCAACCCAGCCUUUCAACAUCGUGCCGUCAAGCAGCAAACAACCCCCUCCUGAGCCUGCAAGCUCUGGCCAGCCGUCGCCUCCUGUCGGAAUGUCCACUCCUAUUGAAUGCAUGUCACCGCGUGUUACUUACCAGCCCCCCUUGGUCGAAAACGGACCACAGGGUCCACCGUCAUUCGGCCACGGCUACCAUCCUAAGAGUACUCCCCAAAAACCGGGUUACCAGUCUCCAGGCGUACAUCCUGAAUUCCAAUCCCCUGGCGUGCACCCACCCACAGUAAAUUCAAGGACUGGAUUCCAGUUUCCACCAAGCCAUCAAGAGGUCCGGUCACAAGCGCCACAGGCAACCCAUCAUAUUCCACAGGCAAUUCAUCGUACUCAACAGGACCCCCAACGUAUUCAACAAGAAGCUCGAGAUGCACCGCAGGAAGAAAUGGAGACGGUUGAAUUCAGGCUGUCGAAUUUUCCACCAAAUGUGCGCCCGGGUAGUGAACCAACAAGCGCUGUGACGGCCACGAGUCCAUCUUCAUCACCUCCUCAUCGUAAAUGCUGGUCCGUUAAUCCCACUGUCCCUCCCUCCCCUCCGGUAUUCGUGCCCCCUGUGCCUGUAGAGGCCGAGAAGCCUGGAACCGAGGGGAUAGAUGUUACCACUCCGGCGGACCUCGAGGUAGAAGGGGACAAUAAGAAGGGAUUUUCUAUGUUCAUAAGCGAAGACAAGGCACAAGUAGCAGAGGGUCUGACUCCUGAGCAGCAAAAGCGAAGAGACAAGUUCCUGAAAAUGCGCCAGAAGAGACAGGAGGAGGAUAAGGCGAAAAAAGAAGCCGAGAUGGAGAAAAAGAGAAGACGCGAGGAGAGGCAGCGCGAAGCUGAAGCGCAGAAGAAACUUGAGGAGGAACGCCGGCAACAGGAGGAGGAAAUAAGGCGAGCACGGUUGCAGCAGGAGAGACUGAGCCGAGCUUCCGACGGCGCAGGGAAUGAUGGUUACGCAACGUACCGACCGGGGUCUGGGUCCAACUUGGCCCCAGCUCAAGACGACCACUCGGCAUUUGCUGAGUUCAGCGGUCCCCAGUGUUACGUCAAACCGAGCGGAAAGUCCAACCGGAAGUUGAUAGUCAACGCUAUAUCGUACGUUUGUCUGUCUGGGACGGUGAACAAGGACGCCAAGGAACGCUGUCUGCAGGCGAUUUCCGAGUCCAACGGCUACCACUUCAUGGUGUUGUUCAAAGACGGUCUGAAGUUCCGUGGACUUUAUUCGUUUAACCCAGAAAAUGAACAGUUGUACAAGGUUUUUGGAAUCGGCCCUCGAGUUAUCACCGCCAAAAUGAUCGAUAACCUUUACAAGUACAGCAGUGGCGGGAAAGAGUUCGUCAAGAUCCACUCCAAGACGCUUUCCAUUUCAGUGGACGGUCUCUCCAUUAUGAAGCAGUAUUGGCAGUCUAGCAAACCAGCCGUUCAGUCCAAAACUAUGUCAAAUAUCAAACGACCUCCCAAACCUCCACGAUGAUAACUGCGCAUUUAAAUAGUCGGACAAAAACGUGAAGUUGUCGGGUGAUUUUCGGUUAGAAUUUGGCCUGAUCUCUCUAGUAUGAAGCAGUGUUGCCUUCCAUCAGCCGUUCGGUGAUAAAGUUUGUGAAAUAUCAAACCUCCCAAGCCUCGGCGAUGAUCGCUUCGCGGUCGGCAAAGGUCGAGGAGUUGUCGAUGUUGCUCGGGUAAAACUCGGACGUGUUCGGUUAGAAUUGGUCUAAUCUCUUUCAUGGAAAGUCUAGCAAGCCAACGACCUCUAAACCCUCCGCGAUGAUACAAGAAAAUUCGGUGAAUAUCGGAAAGUUUUCGCCUUGAUCGGAAACUAUUCGGGUUAGCAUUCAACUCGAGUAGACUUCAAUUAUUGUUAUGUUUCGCAUUGUAGGGGGACUUUUAGGGUUUAGAUGAUCUCUGCAAGCCUUCGAGAUUAUGGCAUCAACUUAUUAUUGGAAGUUUUGGGAUUAGGAAAUCCCGGAAAGAUUUGUCGCCGUUAUUCGGAUGGGGUUUGGUAAUUCGGAAGAAAACCCCGGAAAGUCUUGUCACCGUUAGUUGGAUAGGGUUUGGUAUCCCGGAAAGAUUUGUCGCCGUUAUGCGGAUAGGGUUUGUUAAUUCGGAGGAAUCCCGGAAAGAUUUGUCGCCGUUAUUUGGAUAGGGUUUGGUAAUUCGAAGGAAUCUCGGGAGGUUUUCGCCGUUAUCCGGAUAGGGUUUGGUAAUUCGAAGGAAUCUCGGGAGGUUUUCGCCGUUAUCCGGAUAGGGUUUGGUAAUUCGAAGAAAACCCCGAAAGGUUUGUCGCCGUUAGUCGGAUAGGCUUUGGUAAUUCCCCCGAAUUUUUUGGAAAGUUCUUGUCGCCGUUAUUCGGAUAAGAUUUGGUUGUACGGGUCUGGCCCACAUUUGCAUUUUGUUAUUGCCUCCAAAAGGAGUAUUCGGGGGAAAAAAUAGGAUUUUCGGCAAUACGCAAAUUACACUUCAGUUAAAAAGAAGGUUUGUCAGAGUCAAAUGAUGGUUUGUUUCGUAUUUAGCCGAGUGAGCUAAGUUAUAUUGAUGUCUACAAUGCGCCUUUGAAAGCCAUUGGUGAGAAGUAGCAAAAUUAUAUGUACAGAAAUGCUAGAAACCUGUGAUUUACAGUAAUUAUUCUUCUCUCGAGUGAGAAGUUAUUUGCAAAGAUUAUUUAUUUUUGUUUAGAAGACAAUAUAAAGAGAUAUUUAACUUUAAACGUUGUAAGGCGUCACCGAAACAAGCUAUGGAAUAAAUAGUUUAUUGAUCCCAUA